AUGCAAAGGGCUGCUCCUGCUCCUGCAACUCCAACCCCUCUCCCUGCAGGCGCAACAUCGUCGUCUGCCUCAUUCGUCAAGGAGAAAGAAGACGGCGGCAGCGAGGAGGAUCCAUAUCUGGUCCGCUUUGCGGCGGGCGACCUAGCAAAUCCGCGGAACUGGCCAACGUGGAAGAAGGUCUUGACUAUCGGGUGCAUAUCGACCAAUGCCUUCAUCAUCUCGCUCAUGGCUAGUGCGUACCUCUUUGUCAGCGAGACUGCCAAGGUACAAUUCGACAGUACCACAAAUGUUGCAACCCUCGGCUUUGUCUUGUACGUCAUGAUGUGGGGAGCCUCCGGUCUCCUGCUCUCGCCUCUUUCCGACCAGUAUGGUCGCAAGUACGUCCUUUCCGGCAGCUCGCUGUUGUGGACGCUCUUUCACGUCAGCGCAGCGCGCGCAGCAAAUAUGCAGACGCUCCUGGUCUGUCGCGCACUCGCUGGUCUGACUGGCAGCGCAAGCAUGGUUCUCGGCGCUUCUGUCAGCGUUGAGAUGUUCACGGGUAUCAAUGUUGCUCGGGGCAGUACGCUGUUCAUGCUGAACGUUUUUCUCGGACCCGUGCUCGGCCCAUGUGUAGGCGGAAUUAUCGCGAGCUUCGCCAAGCCGAUCAUCAGCGACGAUGCAGGCUGGCGCAUUGUCUUUUACAUUGCCAUCGUCGCCGGAACCAUCUUCACCGUCAUCUACUUCACGAUUUACCCCGAAUCGCACCAUGCCACCAUCCUUCGUCAGCGUGCACGGCAGCUGCGCCAGCAACAUUCGGACAAACCUUACGCUACCGAGAUUGAGAGGCAAGGGUCGAUCACGCUCGUGAGGAAGCUGGCGGCCGUCAUCACCACCGCUGCCACGAUGCUUGUCAGCGAACCUGUCAUCCUCUUCAUCGCCCUUUGGCAGGUUGUCAUUACGGGCGUCGUGUACUCCUUCUUCGACUCGGCCGUCGUUGUGUACGGUCCCGGCGGUCACAACUUUGCACCGUGGCAGAUCGGCCUCACUUUCUUGGGCAUGGGCGUGGGUAUGCUGCUUGCGAGCUGCACCUGCCUGACGCUGGAACUGAUGUGGUACGUCAAGCAGACCGUGAAGCGCCAAGGCUCGCUUCCACCAGAGCUGCGAAUCCCACCAGCAAUCAUAUACUCGUGCAUAUGCUUUUGCGGCCUCUUCACCUUUGCGGGCACAACGUCCAGCAACAAGAUCCAUUGGUCAGGACCCGUAAUCGCCAGUGGCAUCUUCGCUUUCGGGUUCCUGAACCUCAUCAACUCCACCUUCCUGUACCUCGUCGAUACUUUCGGCAUACGCUCCGGCUCUGCCGUCGCCGCCGUUGGCCUCGUCCGUUGCGUCGCCACAAGCGCCUUCCCGCUCUUCUCGACGCAGUUCUACCGCAAUGUCGGCCCGCAGAAUGCGACGAUCAUCCUCGCCUGUGUCUGCGUCGCCAUGACCGCCAUUCCGCCGAUCGCCUACAAGUAUGGCGUCGUGCUCCGAGGCAUGUCAAAGUACGCCAUCAAAGGGUGA